UUCUUGUUCGCUGGCUUGUCACCUGUAAAAUGGCGGCGGUCAGUCGAAGGUUUAUUGAUUACGGAAUUUACCGGCUGGUAGGUUUCAGAACCACCCCGAAUCGUCCACUGUGCAUCGAAGGAAGUCCCGGUAGUCUUUUAAACUGUGCUUCUUGUCGCAGCCCGACUAAGGAGGAAAAUGUUCAGGUUCUGUCACAAAACAGAGCAGGACUCGUAUCAGAAAAACUUCAUAGACUGAAAGAAGCUCAAAAUCAACAGAAACAUGUGACUUUUCUCGGUGCUGCUUCUUUUCAUUUGCCUUCAUCUCGUUUAAUUUGCUGUACGGACACCAUAGAAAGACCACAAGCCAGCACAACAGGGCUGCCCAUCUCUACAGGAUUCCUCGAGAACAAGCUGCCUUCUUCCAGCAGGUCCAAAGGAUUUGUUUUUAACCACUCAGAGACCUUGAGGUCCGUCCAGCAGCUCAGAGCCUUCUGCACUGCCCUCUUCAUCCUGAAGAGCACCUGGUCAGAGAAGCUGAGUAGUGAACUGAGACUUCCUCACACUUUGAGAGGGUCAACAACAACUAGAGGCUACAGCAAGAGAAGUAAGACGACCUAUUAUGACGUUCUCAAAGUGUCCCCCAGUGCCACACAGUCUCAGAUCAAGACGGCGUACUACAAGCAGUCCUUAAUCUACCACCCUGACAAGAACGCGGGCAGCCAAGAGGCCACACAACGCUUCUCUGAUAUCAGCGAGGCUUACACCGUCCUGGGCAACAUCAGCAAGAGGAAGAAGUACGACCAGGGCAUCCCGAGCCAGUUUGACACAGGGAGACAGUCCACUAAAGAGACAACGAGCAGGUUCACAGGUUACCAGCGACAACACAAAGCCAGACACUUCUACCAAACCGAUGGGAGGCCCAUAUACGAUUUUGAUGCCUAUUAUCAGGCUCAUUAUGGAGAGCAGCUGAGGAGAGCUAGGGCCAUAAGAGCCAGGAAGAAGCAGUUGGAGGAGAUGCAGGAGAAGAACCAUGAGGAAGUUAUGGUUGCGACUAUUUUGUUGGCGGUGUCCAUGGCAGGGCUAAUUUUUUUCAGUUACACCAAAUUUUGAAAUGGCAGCAGCUGGAUGGGUGGCUUCACAGCACAAAACCUUAUACCAGCUGUCCAGCACGAUGGUGGACUAAUGAUGAUUUGGGUCUGGUUUUGCAGCCAGAACCUUUGUGUUUUUACAAAAUGUGCACAUUUUCUGCCAGAUAACAUUGGCAUUCUGAUCUGAAUGUAUGGGUGCAAUAAAGCCUCUGCUGCUUCAGUUUCUGUAUAUUUGGAAAAAAAACUCGGGUGUUCGUGUAAACACGGGCAGUUCAAGUAACUAUAGAUCACCUUCUGAUGUAUUUUAGGGUUUGGACACCUUUAUUUUGAAAAGCUAAUCUAAAUGUAAUAUCAGGUUUACUGGUUUGGUUUGAUCUUACUAAAUUAUCAGUGUACUUUUUAUUUGACUUUACUGCUUCACACUACAGAACCUUUUUCUUUUUGAUUAGUUUUUUGGUGACAAUUUGCUUCUAUUUCAUCCACUAUCGUUUUUUUUUUUUAAACGCAUCAGAAGGAGAUCCUUUAAGAGCCAAAGUUGGAAGCACGAACGAUCAACAAGUCAAAACUAAUUUAUAUAAAUCUAAAAUGAGAAGAAACUUAAAAUAUAACAAAACAGUCUUCUUUUAAUGUGGUUCUUAAAAAAAAAAAAAACGUCUGCAGUACUUUUAAAGAAGCAAAGAACAAAAGACAGUUUUUAUGAAUAAAAACUGGAGAAUGUGAGUUUAUAGGAUUUUAAGCUCUGAGCAGUGUGGCAUUCAAGGUGAACAAUUUUGAUCAGUUUCUCUAAAAUCGCUUCAACUUGUACACCGUGAUCAAAAUGUGUAAAUGAGGCCCAAUAAUAAAAAAUCCACUUUUUUUCCCUUUACACCAGAUCUGUAGAGGAUAAAGUUUUAAUAUUGCAUGUAAAUGUAUACAGCUGCUGUACGUCUGACUUUAUGUGUUUUUAAAUGUAUAAACUUGGAUGUACUGGCCCCACAGGAUGCCUUGAUACGGCUCAGAUUUUGAAAUUAAAUUAAGCCAAGCUACUUUAAAGAAAUAAACUCGUUUGGUUUAA